AACACUGCGCCUACGUGAACUUUGGUGAUGAUGCCCUGCCUUGUGCUAAAUUAAUACAGAGUGUAUUGUUUGUUGAUAUUAACCUAAAAUGCUUGUCUAAAACUGAAAAUGAAGAAACAAUUCGGUUUUAGUGAGUGCCUGGUACGCCUCUACAUAGUGCUACAUAGAUAAAUCAUGUAAUAACCUCAUUUCGGAUAAACAAGCAGCUGUAUAUGGACUUCACUAUGGUAAACAGCAGUUCUUUUGGUUCUGAACAAGAUGGAAACACGAAAGCUAGUUGUAUGCAAGCCCAUGGCUUGCACACCAACAACCAGUCGACAAGUCCUCUCACAGCGAGUGGUGCAACGCAAUCCAAAAAUGAUUUUUCGGAAACAAUCCAUGGAAGGCAGCUUUGCAAGUCAUUCGCUGUCGAGCCUGUACCAUCGCAGACUGAGUUUGAGACACCUAAAGCUGCUGUAACGGAUAAAACAGAAGCCAACGAAUCAAGGAAAAGUUUAUUUUGUAGUGUUCCACUAGAAAAAGUACAACAAAUCUUACCUAAGUAUACUUGUUCAAAAAUUAAAACUACACGAAAAGUUCUGUGUCUGUUUUGUGAACGGACAUUUGUUAAUGUUAAUCUAAGACAAAAACAUGUCGAAAGGUGCCAUUCUUUUAAACAAUUAAGACGUGUGAGUUUAAGAAAGCAUCAGAAUUUUCUGACAAAUACGUUGUGCAAUUAUUGUGAUAAAUUUGGUUCGACUGAACACACCUUGAAAGAUCUUUUCAAGCAUUUGAUCGAGAGUCACUCUAAUAAAUAUUUCGGUUGUUUAUUGUGCGAAGAGAGAUUUCUCAAUUCGGCGCAUCUUCUCGAACAUAAUAUUAGCCAUCACAAUUUCGUACCCAAAAAUGAAGAAACUUCCGAUCUUAACGAUUCUGUAUCUCAUUUAAAUGAAACAAGUGCUAAACCUUUAGAAGUUCAGGAAGAAGUUCCUGUGAAGAUCACUCGAAGGAAACAAAGGACGAGAAAUGAAAAUAAAGUUACUGUUGUCGGGUCCAAUGAAGAUACCAAUAAAUCCACAAAUGUAAAAAAUCUCCGAAGUAGAAAAUUGACCGUAAAAAGUUCAAGAAUGAUUAUAAAGAGAAGCAAAAGAUUACAAGCCAAGCUAGGUGAGACGAAGAAAAAACGAAAAGAUGUAAUCGAGAAGAAGAAGAAUGAUAGGCAAGAGCAAAUAAGUGAGAAAUCUGCAAAAGCGCUCCCAAGUCACGUGAACCCUUAUCCCGAAUUUGAUCAUUUUUACCAAGUGAAAAAAAUCACCGAUCAUUCUAUAGAUAACUUAAAAAUAAGUUCUCUCACUUUUGAUGAUGUAUUCGAUAAGGCGUUUUUCAACAGAAUCAAAUGCAACAUCCAGGAGAACUUACUGCAUCAUAUUGAUGGUAAAUUAUUCAAGAAUGAAGAAUCCGAAAGCCGAAUAUCGAAUUUUGAAAAGAUUUCAAACAUUCCCCAAGAAGUACACAAUGUAAAUUCGGAAAGUUACGGUUGCGAAUUGUCGAUAAAUGCCAUAGCACCCACCACAACAUUAUUAUCAAAUCAAUUCGGUGAUGAUCCCGAAUCACAAAUUGAAUACGGGUCGAAACCUUCCAAGAAGAAAGCUCAAGUGAAGAAAGACGAAGUCCAUUACAAAUAUUUCACUCGGAGAAAAUACCAAGCGAGCAUCUUGGAGCACAAGGAGAAUCGAGAUUUGAGCAAGUUGGACAUGUGGACCCAGUACGUUAUUAAAAACCGACAGCAGAAGAUUUUAAAUGAUAAGAAAAGUCCAAAAGAGAUUCUUGAUUAUUUCACUGGUGAAGAAUAUAAAAGUAUCAUGAGACGAGAAGAACUGAACCGAAUUUUGGACCGACGAGGGCCUUUUGAAGAUCUGAGAGAAGAAGCGAGUAAGAAAGCAGCUUUAGACAAAUUAAAUGACCAAACUGGGGUCACAGAGGAUGACAAUUUUGCCGAAAUCGGGGAAAUUUUAAACGACAUUCUAAACAAGGUGUUUGAACUUGCCAAGGAGUCGUACCCCUCGGUCCAAACACGUACUCCAAACAAUACCACCGAUUUAGAUCAAAAUAUUCCCGAAAUUCCAAGUUAUCUAAAUUUGAGACCUCGUGUAGGUUCACUUUCCGACAAUGAGAUUGAUAAAUCGGACAAAAUCGCUCUGAUAUGUUCGUCGCAAGAGACUGAAAACUUCGAACUUCCAAGUAAUACAGUUAGAGGCAAAAACGAGAAGGUGGAAUUGACCGGCGAAUGGGCCAGGUCACGGAUUUACGUUUGCGCCGCUUGUGGUCUCAAACUUCAAAAUAUCAAACAGUUCUUGGAACACAAAAGUGCUUCUCAUCAGUACAUUUGGAUGCAGCAUUACGAAUUCGUGGGGAAUCAGAGUGAACUUUACAGACACUUGAGUAUACCAGUGUUGGGUAAAGUAGGAGUUUUGGAGAAUUUGGUUCAGUGUAAAGUGUGGAAAAGGAGUGAUGCACGCUUGUGUACGAAAUGUGGGAAACAGUGUAAUAGUUUGGGGGAAUUACAUCGCCAUAUACUCGAGUGUGGGGGUGAUUGGACUUGGAUGUUGGCGAGGAAGAAGUGCAAGUAUAGACCGUUCGGGGCCAAGUCCAGGAGGAAAAGGAGAGGUUUAAUCAAGAGAAUAUAUACACAAAAAACCGAGCCUUCUGAGAAAAAAAUAUACAAGAAAUCGUUUGACAUACCGCGCCAGAAACCAAGCGAUGCUGACACAAUUAAACGUAUGUUGGCAAAUUUACCUCCGAAAAGAGCUACUCGAAAAGUUAUGUGUCUUAAGGAUGGUUUUAAUACCUCUACCAGAACCAAACAUAUAAAACCGACAAACCAAACAAAGUUCAAAUGCGGAAAACUAAUUCACGGGAAAACGAAAGAACUAAAAACUACAAAACCCGACUAUGAGAAAACUAACAAAAAUCAACCAAACCACCACAGGCGUUCGUUAAGAAGUUUAAAUAAAGUUCUCACGAGUAGAAUUUUGGAAACGAAUUCGUCGUUAAUUGCGAGGCGGAAAUACAAUCGCACAAUAAACAGCGAAAAGAAGAAAUGUAGUCCUCAAACUAAUAAAACCAACGACGAGACUUCACAACAAUCGGAAGAACAACUUCCUAAAAAGAUCACAAAAACAAAUUUAAACAUUGAAGAAAAGGGUCCAAAGGAAGAAACGAAAUUGAAACGAUCAUCGCCAAGAAUUGAGAAACGUGUGCAAUUUAAUGGAGACAAAAUGAACAUUAAACGUUUUUUUCCUGUGAAAAAGAAGAAAAACGGUGAAAAUCCAGCCAUAAAGCGUAAAUCUUUGGACGAAUCGCCGUUAAAAAAUCAAGUCAAAAAAAAGCCCAAGGCGGAUGUUAACGAAACAGGUGGUACAAAAUUGAAUCUCCGUAAAAGGAAAGUUUCCGAGAAGAAUAACGAAAAAACUACGGUUAAAACUAGAAGAUUGCGAAAUAACGCAAGCGAGUUUGAUACACCAGACGAAUCUUCUACACAACACGAAAAUAACACUCAACGUGAUAUGAAACAUUUUUUUGAAAGAAUUGUUCCGAAAAAAAUUCCUGAUCCGCCUGAAGAAGCAAAAGAUGAGUUACCGCAAAUAGAACAAACUGAAAACAAUGCAACAUUAGAAACGACCAUUUUAAAUGCAGAAAAAGAUGAAAAAUUGAAUGAAGUUCAGUCAGAUGUUCCAGUGGUUACUCAAACUAUUAAUCCACCAAAGUCGAAAAGAAAACUCAGAAAACCUAUAAGAGGUUUGAACGAUUGCAUCGCGAUGCUGACAAGCAAACUGGGUCAAAAUUUUGAAAAUUUGGCAACAAAGGAUUUAUUUAAUGAAUCUCAAGAGAGUAAAUUGGGAGAUUCAACAACCGAAAAAUCUGAAUUUAUAUUAAAGGUUCCGUUGUUUAAUGAACAUUUUGAUUUACAUUCCUCGCGGAAGGAGUACGAGUGCCUUGAUAAAGAAGUACCGUUAGGAGAAUUAAGUUCAAAUGAAAAUGUAAAAAGUACAAAAGAUGAAGUUGCUGAUCAGUCUUUUUUGAAUUUGAAUGAGAAACGUGAAGGUUUGGAGGAAAAUGAAUCUGUCCCUGCAGUAGAUGUAGAAGAGUCAGUGUGUAUCCCACUAGUGCCAGAAAGUACCUUAACAGAACCAGUAGACACUAGCAGUAACACAAAAACUGUUAAUAGUGAUUCUGAAGAUGAAAUUCCUCUUUCAACACUUCUGAGUUCCGACUCAAGUAUCUUCGAUGAAAGUAAUCUAGGAAUUACAGCCAUAGAGAAGGAAGAAGAAAACAGUUAUCAAAUUCUAGAUAUUCAAGAAAAUAUUUGUCCAAAAUUAAGUGAAGAAGUACAGGAACCACAACCUGUAGAUGAGGAAGAAGAAAAGAGCGAAGUAAAGGUAGAAGAGAGGGAAGAAAUGAAGGCAGAAGAAGUAAAGACAGAAGAACAAGAGGAAAUAAAGGCAGAAGAAGCAGAAGUAAAGACUGAAACUGUACAUCCAAAUAAAACAAAAGAUGUACUCAUGGAAAUUAAUGAUAAUUUGUGCGAACAACACGAAAUUUUAAAUCACGUGGCGUCUCCGACGAGUAUGGAGUCUAAACCCCGGAAGUGUGAGAAAAAUGAUUCAGAAAUAACAACACAAGAAGUAAACACUUUAAUAACUUUGGAGAGAUGUUCGGAGAAACUGAAUUUUUUAAUUAAUAACAAUAUCGAGAAUGUUAUGAGAAUUAAUAAAGCCAAUUUUCUAAACACAAGUGAGACGGUGAAUGCUGACGAAUCGUUGCAUAUCGAGGAGAAUUUAUCAGCGGAUGAUUCUUCAGAAAGUAAAGAGAAUUCAGCUGCACUAGUCGAAGAUUCUUUGAUAAAAAAUAAGUCUAAGAAAAAGCAAUCAACGUCUAAUAAAUUUGUAAACAAAAAUAGAGAAUCGAAGGAAAGUGCGGUAAAUAGGAAGAGUGUAAGAAGUGCCAAAGCAAGAGCGCUGGAGUCUAUCCUCGACGAAGCUUUAUUAGAGUUAUCUGAAAAUGAAUUUUUUGAAAAUGUGAACAAAAAGAACGAUUCUAUAAUUUCCGAAGUGAAACCCACAGAAGAUUCUAAAAGUAAUUUUCAAGAGGAAAACGAAAACGAAUCUGAAAUAGAAAAUGCCAAAGAAUUGAGAAGAAGUAGACGAAAUUCGAAGAAAAUCACUUCUUACAAUGAAGUCGAUUUGGUUGAUCCUCUUCUCGACGACUUGGAUAGUGACAAAACAAUAUCAAAAAUACUGAAAGAAACGACUAAAGAUAUUUUUGGAAUCAAGCGUAAGAAUCGAAAAGUGUCGAAAAAAGUAAUAAAGAACGGACAAAACGAAAGAAAAUUUACCGGAGAUGAAUUGUUCGAUUUGUUAAAAGCAACACCAAGUGAAAAUAACGUUUUAUCCAAACCGACAGAUUCGAUUUUCAAUAGUUUCGAUGAAAUAUCUAACGAUUUCAAUGAUGAUAAUUUUGAUGUAUUCGAGGAUAUUUUGGAGAAGUCGAUGGCCGUCAUCGAGGAAGAUUUAUCAGAGCAAGCUGUUUCGAGUGUCGAAAAAUUUCCAUUGAGUAAUACCAGUUUUCAAAAUUGCACCGAUUUGAAACCGAAAGAAAAUAAAGUGAAAGUUACGAGAAAAAAACCGAGAAGGAGUAAACACAAGAACAAGACUGAGAAUAUCGAAAAACCGAAUUUACUUUCUUGUACUAGUGACGUAGAAAACGGAUCAGCUUUGGAAUCGUUAGAUAACGAUUUGAAUCCCAAAAGCAACAUUUAUUGUCAAAUUUGUAACAAAUAUUUUUCUCGAGUUGAGAGUUUAACCAAACACAAACGCACGUUGACUCACAUUUCGAAGUUGUCCGAACUCGAAGCCAAAGAAGCAGCUUUGAAAGCCAAAUCAGAGAGUGAAAAAACGGAGAUUCCGGAGAAAAACGUCAAUCUUUUCGAUAUUUUAGAAGAGUCGAAGUUGUUUUCACCCCCGUUCUCAGUCAGUGUAAACAACUCGAAUUUGAAACUGGCCGAUAUAAUCAAUGAUGUGUUGAAUAAACCGCUAUCGAAGAAAGAGGAAAAUUCGCACAGCUUUUCUGAUAUUAUGAUGUCGAAUGAAGGUGAAAUACAACCGGAAGUACGGAGAUGCAAGAGUUUGGCCGAACGCAAAAGUUUUGAAUCGGAGAAUUACGUGAAAAAUUUGGAUUACUUCGAACCGGAAAUCAACAACGAAGCUGCGGGAACAAUUCUCGAAAAACAGAUCACUCUACUGGAGAAUAUAAUCGAAAAUCGCUCUACUUUGAGUUAUAUCGAUGAACUUUCCGUUUCGUCUACUCAAUCAGUAAACGAAUCGUCCACAAAAAAAAACGAUUCUUUGAAUCGCAAAGAUGAUACACAUAAACAGCCCCUCGAGAACAGUUUCUUGAAGCCGAGUCAGUACGAAGAAAUCUCCGAAGAUAGCAAUCUUCGGAAUUACGACGAACAGAAAUCGCGCAAAGUACUAAACAGAGAUGAGGAAUUGUUUUUAGAAUGUUGUUCGUUACUGAAGAGCAGUUCCGAAGUGUCGACGUAUUCUAAAAAGUCGAAUAAUCUUCGCAAAGAGUUAAACAAUCUCGAGUCGAAACGCUGCGGUGAUUGGGUCGAAAAUAAUCAGAAAGAAACUGCGGAUUUUGUCGAAUGUUAUUCGGAUAAUACGAGGAUGAGGACACCGUUAGGUGAUGGAUUUUCACAGGAUGAUUCCAAUUCCGCUACAAUUUCGUCACAUUGGGACAGAAAUAGCUCUAGUAAUUUCUCCAAGAGAAAGAAUUCGAAAAGGGAUGAUAAGAAUUUGUCUUUUGAGGAAAUGUUUAAUAACAAUAGGGAUAAGGAGGUUAUAUUUCGGGAAGAAGACGAACUGAAGUCGGGCCGACUAAGUUCCUCGUUUGAGGAUUUAACUAAUGUUCUCACUGGAGAUACAAAAUUGAGAAAUUUAGAAAAUCUGGAUGAAUCAUCUAUUAAGACGCCAAAUGAGAAGGGUAAAAAAUGUAGUGAUUAUUCCAUUGCCGAUGGAAAGAAGAUGUUAACGAAAGGUGCGAUGAAAGUUUUCGAAGGCCUGAAAGUUUCCAUUCCUACAGAAGAAUUAAACAUCGACAAAAUUUUAAUUUCCGGUCAGUCAGCAAACACAUUCACGUCAAGCAGUGACGAUUUAACCAAUGCAUCAAAUAAAAAGUCGUGUUCUCUUAAAUCUUCCAAAACGAAAAUAAAGUUGUCGAGUUUAAAAAAACAAAAUAAUAUGUCGAUGAGUUCGAAAAUCCAUGACGUUUACGACUUUGAGGAAACUCAAGACAAUUCUGAUAUUUUUACGAAACCUGAUUUCCGGAGCUUUAGGCAUAAUUAUGAGAAGAGUAAAAAGACUGAUAAAGGAAGUGAUGAUGAUAGUCAAGAUUUUAUUGAUGCUGUGAGUUUCGAUGCAUUUUCUUCCAGUACUUCGUCGGUGUCAGAACAACUUCCAGUGACAUCGAAAACACAACAGAAUAUCACAAAAAAGAAGUGUAUGAUCAUGGGGCGAAUAUUUAAAAACGCGGUCAAGUCAAAAGAUAUUGAUGAAGACAUAAGAAAUAUUCCAAUGCUAGACAACUCGAAAUUAGUCGAGGAUUUCGUUUUGAGCUGUCCUGAUCCAAUAGAAAGAAAAGUAAGAAUGACAGAAGAGGAGAGAAAUUUAGCUUUCGACAGUUUGUUAAAUAGUAAAUAUACUGGCUCCAAUAUUGAUAAAAAUCAAUCGAAGAAUACCGUAAGUAAACGUAAAAUCAAAACAAAGAAUAAAAAACGGACACACACCGGGUCAGAGUCGAGCGAUGAUGAAUUUAAAUUACAAAAAUCGACGAAGAAACGCCCGAAAAAGAAGUGCAACAACGUGGAAGAGAGUUGUAUCAACUUGGAACAAGAGUUGAGAGAGUGCAUUGGUGUAGCGAGCAGGAAAAGUCAAAGAAAAUGUACCAGUGGUAAACAGAACGUUUUAAUGGAGUAUUGGAGUUCAGAUGAAUCAUCGUUUGAAGUCACACUCGAACGCCAGAUUGUGGAAUCCGCUCAGAAUAAUCAAGAGCCGAUUAAGGAAACCGAACCAAUUGUAGAAAGAAUACCAGAUGCGCCACACAUUCAUAAGAAGAUCAAAGUCCAGACAUCAACAAGUAACUCAAAUCGUCGUAAGAGGGCAGCUGUUAAUCCGCUUUAUCAUUGGUCGAGUUCGAGUGAAGACGAACGGGAUUUGAUCGUGAUUCGACCAGUCAGGGAUGAGAUUGAUGAUGAUGAAGAUAGGCCGGUUCAGCACGGGUGGAUCGUAGGUGAUUCUCCGAAAAAGUUAGUCACCAUGUUGGCUCAAGCCAAGGGGAAAAAGUGCGAGGUGGAUGGUGUUAAAGAACACGGGAAAAAAAGGACGUUUAGUUGAUAAAACGCCAUUAGUGAAUAUUAUUGUAAUUAAUUGGACAGUGAUAGUGUAUGAAGGCAUUAAUUGUAUUUUAAAUAUAUACCUACAAUACAUUAGUCUCAACACAGAGUUAUCCAAAGUCUUAGAAAAUUACGACAAAUUUGUAAAUAAAUUUGUAGUUGGAAAAGAUUUUACGUAUUUAAGGAAGCUUUGUAAAUAGAAAAUGUGAAUUAAAUUUCUCCGAAAAAUUCGUAUUAAUUUUUUAACGGUACUAACCAGAGUUCUGUUUAGUAUUUAUAAUGUGGUUAUUUUUACACUGCCAUAAAGUCAUUAAAAGUCUUUUGUUUGUAUUUUGAAAAUUUUAUAUGUACAUAAUAUAGGUUUUGUUAAAACAAUUAAAUUUUACCAAUAAAUCAAGGAAUGUGUUAAA